AUGCAUGAUCACGGAUUCUCCACGGAUGGGAAAAAUCGCGCGUACGCGGCGUCGAUGGAUGCGGAUGCGUCUCGGCGGCGUCUCGGCGACGCGCGGGCGACGUACGCGAUGACGAUUUCGUACGACGGGACGAAUUAUAAGGGGUUUCAACGCCAAGGCGCGGACGUGGCGAGCGUGCAACGCGAGCUCGAGCGGUGUUUGACGCGGUUGACGGGUGAGGGGCGGGACGCGUUGCGAUUGGGUGGGAGCGGGCGGACGGAUGGCGGCGUCCACGCGCGCGGGCAAGUGGUGCACUUUUAUAGCGAGAAGGAUUGGCGCUCGGCGGAGGAUUUCGCGCGGUGCGUCAAGGCGAUGAAUGGGAUGUUACCUCGAGACGUGCGGUGCGAGCGGUUUUGGCGGCCGCACCCGGCGUUUCACGCGAGGUUUCACGCGACGCGGAAGACGUACGCGUAUUACGUCGACGCGCGGUCGCCGCACGACGUCUUCGCGCGGGCGUACGCGUGUCAGUGCGGCUGGCGCGCGUGUGACGUCGACGCACUACGUCGAGCGUGUCAAUAUUUCGUCGGGACGCGAGAUUUUCGCGCGUUCGCCAACACGUCCAGGGAUAAACCGACGUCGGACGAGGAUUUGAACACCACGCGAACCAUCUUCCGCUUCGACGUCUUCGAGCAAGCGGACGGGUUGAUCCGGCUCGAGUGCGAGGGCGACGGGUUUUUGUAUAGGCAAGUUCGCAACAUGGUCGGCGCCGCGCUCGUCGUCGCGAGCGGACGGGAGAAACCGGAGUGGAUUCUUGAUUUAUUAGCGUCGGGCGACAGACGCCGCGUCCCGACGGCGGCGCCGGCGCGCGGGUUGUUUCUCCAAUCCGUCGAGUAUCCAGACUCGGUGAAGCCGAUGUCGUUUACCGACGUCGAUGUAAUGUAA